UGUAAUGAGGUCAAAAUGUCACACUUUGACACGUAAAUUGUCUUCCCUUUACUUAUCCAUGCAUUUUACUACACUCUUGCGCUCUGCUCGUACUAUGCUGCAUUGCUUCCAUGAUUCAUUUAGACUUAGAAAAGCAAAGGCUCAUCUGUCAUUCUUUACUCAUCAGAACAUGCUUUUUUUUUUUACUAAACCUAGUUAAAGAGCAUAUUCUGUACUGUAAUAUUCUAAACCAAUGUAUUUUACAGUGACACACAACGACAUUACUUUACGUUUGUCCGUCUCGACUAUGUAAAAAACAAUGGAGGCUGCUGAGGGGAGGAAGGCUCAUAAUAAUGUCUGGAAUAGAGCGAUUGGAAACCAUGUAUUUGAUGUAUAUGAUACCAUUCCACUUAUUCGGCUCCAGCCAUUACCAUGAGCCUGUUCUCCACAAUUAAGGUGCCAUCAACCUGUGGUGAAAAACCAUGCCACUCACUAGCACCCUCUGCAAUUAGCAUCAUGCUAACUUCUCCUGGUAGUGCUGCAGUGUGUGCAUAGACAUAGCCGCAGGCAUUAGGGGUGCUGAGGGUGCUGCAACAUCCCCAGAAAAAUCUGAAUUGAAAAAUAUAUAAUAUAAUAAUUGUAUUUAUUUAUUUUGUAACAAAAAUAGUGCACUGGGCCUUUACUGGUAUUAGUGGACCAAUAUAUACCUGUGUCGUGCAGGCAACAACAAAACAAUCAGCAUCUCUGCUUUGGCAAAAAAGGUUUCAUUAAGAACAGUAUCUUGCAGGAUUCAAUAGCUGGAAUUGUCAGAGUUGUUUCCCUGUCCCUUCUUCUGUGAUUAUCAUUUAAUGGAAUCUAGAAAGAACAAAACCCUGUCCUCAAACAUUGACAUCAAAAGGUGCAAAGUUAUGGGUAAAGACACAACGCAUCCUCAUCAAAUUAAAUAUUUUUCUUGAAAUAACACUUUUUAAUCCGUGUUAAUUUACCAUCCUUACAAACCACUUAAUGUAAAUGUAGAUUACUGCAUUGUACAUAGGCUGGUCAUCUAGGUUUGUACCUGUAGACUUUCCAUCACCAUGAAGAUAAACAAUGUACAAUAAUUGAGUACAUUGAGUCAUCAAGUGGAUUGUGAGGAUGUAAUUUGAUCAUGUGGCUCAGUUAGUAGAGCAUGGCCCUUGCAAUGCUAGGGUUGUGGGUUUGUUUUCCAUGGGGGACAGGUACGAUAAAGUUAGAAAAUGUAUGCACUCACUAUUGUAAUUUGCUCUGGAUAAGAGCGUCUACUAAAAGGGAAGAGGAAUAAAUAGACCAUUUCAGUUUUCACAUAGAAAUAAGUUGCAUUUGUAUUUCAAGAAACUGGAAAACAUAUAUUAAGCAAGUUACAAAUGCUGGUACAAUCAAAUACAUUUAGUUUCAUUUUUUUCACAAAAGUAACUGGGCCUUUACUAGUCCUGUACUAGUGGACCAAUAGCCUAUAGACUUGUUCAGCGCAGACACAUUUUUUUUUUCUUGCAAUAAUUUGCUGCCCCCCCCCACCCCUAAACUUCCCACGGCUAUAUGCAUAGGUUUCAUCUACUAGCACGUUGUACUGUAUUCAUGAGCUAGCUGUGUUGGGUUGGGGUCUAUUCCAACAAAAUGAUAACCAAAAGUAAACAGCAAUUUUGUCAAUUGGCUAAAUUAAAAAUCAAAUUGACCACAAAUCUGAUAUGUACAGGAUACACAGGUACACAUGAUCUUUUCUGUUUCCAGGAGAUGGUCUCUUUUCCAGUUGUAUACUAUAUUACAUAGAUAGAAGUAGAGUGUUUACAGGUCGAUCAUCCCACCACAACACAAUUAGCUUUUGCACACAAGUUCUCCACAGAGCCACUGCCAUGCUCACCAAAAGCCAUAGUAAUGAACCAAUGUUACACCUUCACCCGCAAUUCCGUAUCAUUUUCACUAAGCUACGCUAAUAGUAUUUAUGUAACCACUGUGUAAAGACCCAUAAUAAAAUAAAAUACAUUGAUGCUAACACGCAAGCCUGUUGUCUAAUCUGUCCUGAUGAUAUGUUGUUGAUGAUAUGUUGUGUGCUGAGGUUAAGCACCCUAUCUGCAUGUGUUGAGCACCUGAGAAGAGAGGGAGGGAAGGGAGUGGGGAGAGGAAAUAGACGCAGGGAUGGUGGUGCGUACGUGGGAGAGGGGAGGAGGAGGGGACAGGUGAUAUUUAAGCCGCUGUCCGACUCUCUCCCUCAUCCUUCUUUCCUUGUCUCUCUCUCUCUCCCUCUUCACCAAAGACAAAGGAGGCCCUCCAUCAGCACUCCCUCAGUAUGUCCAAGGAACCCUCUUCCAACCUGGAGAAUGCCAUGCAGAUGCUGAUCAAAACCUUCCACAAGUACUCAGGGAAGGAGGGUGACAAGUAUACUCUGAGCCGGGGAGAGCUGAGAGAGCUGUUGACAGAGGAGCUGGGGAGUUACCUAGGGAACGCCCGGGAUGGAGAAGGGGUUGAGAAGGUGAUGAACGACCUGGACGCCAACAGCGACGGUGAGGUGGACUUCACAGAGUUCAUCAUCCUGAUGGGGGCCCUGACAGUGGCUUGCAACGACUUCUUCAUGGAAUACAAGCCCGAGAAACUUGUCCACACACCCUUUGAGAAAAAGGAGGCAACAUCGGAGGUGAAAGAGUGAAGGAAAAAAGGGAGGUGUGGGGAGGGACUGGGAGGAGGGAAGGGGGAGAAGGACGGAAAGGGGCAAUGAACUGUGGAGCAACAGUAAAAGGGUACAAUUGAUGGUUGUGUGGUCAUGUUAUGCAAAUUUCUAAACCGUGCAAAUGAACUGUGUGAAAAGAGGCUGAGGGAACUUCACUUCACUAAGUAAGGUUUCACUGAUGGAAGAACAGUGUGUUCCAUCUGCAACUAUCCAAAUACUUAUCAUACCAUAGUUAAGUCACAGAUCCGGAGUCAGUUACUCUGUGUCCUCAAAUGAACGAGUGGCACUGUAUACCGUAGGGGUCAGCAACAGGCGUCCUGUGGCAUGCGAGUGAUUUUCUUUGCCACCCCCUAAACUUUUUGGUAAAAAAUAUUUUCUGGUGAUUUUACUUCUUUACUGUAAAAUCACCAGGAAUUCAGCAAAAAUGUGUUUCGUUUAGGAAAUCUGUUCAAGUAUUCACACAAAGUUUUUUUUU